CCAUAUCCCACGCACUUCUCUGAGAGAGAGAGAGAGAUAGAUAUAUAGAGAGAGAGAGAGAGAGAGAUGAGGCCCGGAAGCACGCCAAGAUCUACAGGGUUCCGGCUAUGGAGUUCUCCGAUCCCAUAUAUAUUUGGAGGUCUUGCAGCUAUGAUGGGUCUCAUUGCCAUAGCACUGAUAGUGCUUGCUUGCACGCGCCGCAAGUCCCCGGACGAGGACUCGACGUUGCCAUGCUCGAUCGAGAGGCCGGGGAUCAUUCCUCUGGAUAUGGAGCCAAAAAUUGUGGUCAUCAUGGCCGGAGAUUACAACCCUACCUUUUUAGCAAAACCUCUCUCCGUUCAGCACCCCCAUCACCCAGCAAUAAAAGAGAGAGAGAGUUCCAAGAUGGGGUCUGAAAACUUGCAGAGUGCAACGGGAUCCAAUCUGUGGCACACUCCGAUCCCAUAUCUCUUUGGAGGCCUCGGAGCCAUGAUGGUCCUCAUAGCCAUCGCCCUUAUAGUGCUUGCGUGCUCUCACCGCGACCCCUCCACCGAUAGGGACCCGGAAUCGGUGGAAAAGCCGGGGAUCCAUCCUUCGGACAUGGAGCCGAGGAUUCUGGUGAUCAUGGCCGGAGAUGACAAGCCUACCUACUUGGCGACGCCCAUUUCCUCGAUUCAACAUGCCCAACAGCAACCAUCAUACCUCCCGUCUUCAUGUGAACCCAAGCAAGACUCGUGAGCAUGGAUUGUGUUCUUUACUCUGUUCUGGAGGAAACAAAGGAAUGGUUGGAUCAUUAGUACAAGUUUUUUUUUUUUUUCCUUCCCCUUCUUUGCUUUCCAUCUUUUCUCAGCGGCAGCAUAUGUAAAUGUUGAGGGUAAGCGUUGUAAGCAGGGCCUUUUUAUAUAUUUUUGGUAUCUGAGAAUCCAGAACCAGUGAUGAUCUAUUGCUUCGCCUUCAAGACUUCAAUAAUGAUAAUUUGGAUCUUAAUCGACUAAAUUUUACCAA